GUGUCGAGUGUGGAGGUGGUGCAGGCCUACAUAGACCGGAUCCAAGAAGUGAACCCCUUCCUGAACGCUGUUGUAAAAGACAGGUUUGCUGCUGCCCUCCAGGAGGCAGCUCAGGUCGAUAAGCUGAUUGAGGAGGAGACGGGAGGAGAGGAGGUGUUGGAGGACCGGCUGCCUUUGCUGGGAGUUCCACUGUCGGUCAAAGAGUCCUUUUCUCUUCAGGGCAUGCCCUUCACCGCGGGCCUGAUGUCCAGGCGGGGGGUGGUGGCCUCUGUGGACGCCCCGCCCGUGGCCCUGCUGAAACGAGCGGGGGCCGUGCCUUUGGGCGUCACCAACACCAGCGAGCUCUGCAUGUGGUCGGAGUCGCACAACCACCUGUACGGCAUCACCUGCAACCCGUACGACCUGGAGAGGAUCCCAGGAGGAAGCUCAGGGGGGGAGGGCAGCAUACUGGGAGCAGCGGCAGCGGUCAUCGGCGUGGGCUCGGACAUCGGUGGCAGCAUCCGCAUGCCCUGUUUUUUUAAUGGGAUAUUUGGUCAUAAACCCACUCCAGGUGUGGUGUCCUGUGAGAACCAGUACCCUCCAACCUCUGGCAGACAGGAGGAGUACGUCAGCUCGGGUCCCAUGUGCCGCUACGCUGAAGACCUGCUGCCCAUGCUCCGGAUCAUGGCAGGACCCAACGCUGACAAGCUGUCCUUAAGCACAAAGGUGGAUUUGAAGAAGCUGCGGUUCUUCAGCAUUCCUCACGACGGCGGCUCUGUCUACACUCACCCUGUCAGCAAAGAGCUCCUGGACAUUCAGAAGCAGGUGGUGGAGCAUCUGGAGGAGGAUCUUGGAGUGAAAGUCCAGCAGGUGUGUUUACCUGAGCUGCGCUAUGGCUUCCAGAUCUGGGACACGUACAUGGGUCUUCCUGACAAGGAUGGUAAACCUCCUCAGGCAUUCGCAGAGCUGAUGGGAGAACCUGGUCGACCAGUGUGGCCUCUGUGGGAGCUGCUGAAAUGGAUGAUGGGAAAAUCGGACCACACCAUGGCUGCCAUCUUGUUGGCUAUCGUGGAGAUGACGCACCCGUCCAAAGCCUCGCCCAUCAUCAUCCAGAAGAAAGAGAAGCUGCAGAAGGAUGUGGAGGAGCUGCUGGGAACUGAUGGAGUUCUUCUCUACCCGUCGCACACCAGAGUGGCACCCAAACACCACCACCCCCUCUUCAGAGCCUUUGACUUCGCCUACACUGGUGUUCUGAAUAUCCUGGGGCUGCCUGUGACCCAGUGUCCUCUGGGUCUGAGUGAGGAGGGUCUGCCUCUAGGUGUGCAGGUCGUCGCAGGAAAGCUUCAGGACCACCUGACCCUCGCCAUGGCCAUCUACUUGGAGAAGGCAUUCGGAGGUUGGAGGGAACCUGGAGCAAACUAAACACACACACAAACACACACAGCCGUUACCAAAAGCCCAGACUGUUGGGUGGGGGUCGCGGUGUUUCUGCCCCACUGCCUGCAGUACAAACACAGAGGCACAGUCCGAGAGAUGAAUGUUUCAGAUUUUCUUUUUGCACUAUUAUGAACUCUCAUUCUGAUGAGAUAAUUCCAUCUUUUACAGGUUAGACAGCUUUUCAAAAACUGAAAGUUGAGCUGGAAAUCACAUUUUCAGAGCAGAGUUCAGCAGCUUGAGCAUUUGUCGUAUUCACAUAAAUCCUCCUACGUUUAAGAUAAAAAGUGUUUGUGCUCCAGCAACAGCUGUACCAUUUAGAGCUAACAAAAAUAUGGACACACAUUAAACCUAUAACUGACCAAAGGACUUUACGGAGAUUAAGUGAGGAAGAAGAGAAUGAAUCAAGAAGAUAGAUGUGUUCUAAUUAUUACACAUUAGAARUUUAAAAGACAAGACUUACCUGUCAUUUCAACAAUACAAAUAGACAAAAUAAAUCUAAACAUCAUGAUAAUCUAAAUGUUGUAUUACGGUGGCUCGGCAGUUCAGGUGCCUGUUUUAUGUUUCAACUUGUUUUAAUUAAUAAAAAAAGUCUUGACUUUUA